UUCACAGUAUAUAAAGAAGCUGCAUUCUUACCAUAAAUACCAAUUGAGCAAUCAAUUAUUAGUCUACCAAUCUCUUUGAACAUGGCUGAAACUGUUUUUAUUUCUGGAGCUACUGGCUUCAUCGCUCAACACAUUGUCAAGCUCUUAAUUUCUAAAGGAUAUCAUGUUGUAGGGUCCGUUAGAAGUACUGCCAAAGGUGAAAAAUUGAAGCAAAAUGUCAAUUCAGAAAACUUUUCUUAUGAAAUUGUCGAAGAUCUUGAGUCUGUUGGUGCCUUUGAUGCUGCAUUGAAAAAGCAUCCAGAAGUUACCAUUUUCCUCCACACUGCAUCUCCAGUUACAUUCGCUGAAAAUGAUGUAGAGAAGGAAAUUUUACUUCCAGCCAUCAAUGGUACAAAGAAUGUCCUCAAGGCAAUUAAAGCUCAAGCUCCUCAAAUUACAAAGUUGGUUAUCACCGCCUCAAUUGUGUCCGUUGAUAGUGUAGGACUGAAAUCUGUUGAUGAAACAUCGUUCAACUCAAUCACUUGGGAAGAAUCCAAGACUUCUGGGUUUGCUGCCUAUGCUGGAUCUAAAACUUUUGCUGAAAAGGCAGCUUGGGAAUUCAUUGAAACUGAAAAGCCAAACUUUACUUUGUCUACUAUCCAUCCAGUUUAUGUGUUUGGACCUCAAGCCUAUGGUGUUGACGGUGAAUUGAAUUUCUCCAACACUGUGGUCUCCAAGUUGUUGCAAUUGAAGCCUGGCGCGGAAGUCCCAGUUACCAUUGGAAGUUUUAUCGACGUUCGUGACGUUGCUGAGUCCCAUUUGGUUGCCUUUGAAAAGGAAGGGGCUGCUGGUCAAAGAUUUAUCUUGACCAACUCCAGAUUUAGUAACCAAACUCUUUUGGAUAUUAUCAAUGCUAAUAUUCCAGAAUUGAAGGGUAAGAUUACUGAAGGUAUUCCAGGUUCUCAAACCCCAACUCCUACCACCAUUAAUGAUAAGAAGACCAGAGAAUUCUUAGACUUUAAGUAUAUUGAUUUGAAGAAAUCAGUGGUUGAUACUAUUGAACAGUACAUUUCUUCCCAAAAAUAGUUAAAUGGGUAUAUUUAUAUGAUUAUGAGACUUUUUAAUGAAUAUAUAUAUAUGACUUUAUAAUGAAUAUAUAU